AUGCCACCUCUAUCAUCCGGCCGGAGCAGCAGCGCCUGCCACCGAUGCCAUAAGCGCAAAGUGAGAUGCUCACGAGCAAACGCUUAUCGUUGGUUUCAAGAGCUGCCAUGUCGAAGCUGUCGCAUGGCCAACCAAAGAUGUACAUAUCCCAUCCGCGACCGCAACAUCACUGUGUCUGAGAGCUUCGUCCGCAGCCUGGAAGCCAGGGCGCUCGCUUAUGCACCGGAUGCGAGUCCGUCGUCCGGGCAUGAGUCACUGCGAGGCAGCACAGCGCAAGGCUAUCAGCCGCCGCUCGUUGAGGACUCGACGUCUGAAGCAUUCCUCGCACGGCUGAAGCAAAUCCGCCAGCAGAACGCAGGUCCUGUCUUCCCAGACCUCCAGGACCACGACAGCAGCCCGUCAAACCCGCAUACUGACUACAGUAGCCCGUCGUACGAUUAUGUACAGUUGGACUUUGACACCUCUCACUCACCAUGCUCCUUCAAACUGCCUCCGUACCCAUACGCGCUAGCGCUGUUGGACCAGUUUGACGUAUUUCUGGGCCACGACUUCCACUGGUUUCUACGGAAGAGCUUCCGAAGAAGGCUCGAGUUAACAUACAGGAACCCAGACUCUCCUCAAGUCAAGGAUAGGGUAUGGUUGUGCACAUUGCUGGUCGUAUUUGCUCUGGGUGAAUCCUACAACGUGGGCCGGCCGCCUGAGAUCCGCCUGGGUCAAGUUGUUGUUCCUGGAGAAAAUGGAUCGUCAGUCUCUGGGCCUCCCCCUGGGACAGUUUUCUUUGAGCAUGCUCUAGCUCUGCUCAAGGUCCGUUAUGAGGACCCGACAAUCGACCAGAUUGAGGCACUCAACCUGAUUACCUUUUACUCAUAUAGCCUGCAUCGCAAGAGGGCUGCCUACGUGUAUGCGGGACUAAGUGCCCGCCUAUCCAACAUACUGCGACUACAUAAGCCAUCUCCACCGUCAUCCUUCUCGCCGAUUGAAAUCGAGCAUAGAAAGCGUGUAUGGUGGACUGCAUACUGUCUCGACCGUAUGACAAGCACGGAAACGGGCCUCCUGCCCAUAUUCCACCGCGACCAGAUUGAGCUCGCCUAUCCCUGCGACGAGAUGCUGCCGCUCGAGGAUGCAGAUGAGUUCUCUGACGGGAUCAGCCUAGCUACCCAAGUUCAGCUAGCAUUCCUUCAUGCUGACAUCUGCGAGACGGUCAAGAAUCUCGGCGAUGGUGAUACGGCGUAUGAUAAGAAGUUGACAGAGCCCAUCAUACAGCAAUUGGAAACAUUGAGGCUGCGGCUACCUCCUCACUUGUCUUUUGAUGUUGAGGACGGCAUGCCGAGGGCCAUGCAAGAGAUGAGUAACCGGUCAUUGGCCUCGCUAUAUCAAAGAUACUACCAAUGUUUUGUUCUCUUAUUGCGACCUCUGUUUCUGAAGCAAAUCAAUUACCUUUUAUCGAACGAUGCUGUAAAUGCGAGCCAAGAGAGCUUGAAGUAUAUGACCAACAUCUGUCUCCGUGCAGCGAGGACGAACUUGCUGCUUAUAAUCGGUUUGCGGCAGUGCGAUAGGAUGACCAAGUUCGGGUUCUGGGAGAGCCUACAUCUCUUUUCCGGUCUUACCAUUGUAUCUCUCGCCAUAUCGGUGAACUUGAGGUGGCCGGGAAGCUUUGAUGAGAAGCCAGACGAUGGAGAAACUUACCAGACGGCCAGAUGCUUGCUAAGUGAGAUGGCAGACGCGGGAAAUCUUGCUUCAAAGGGGCAGCUGCGGAUGCUGGAUGAGGUGGAAGCUUUGCAAGAUGUACUGACAGGCGCGGACAGCACGGCAUUUGAACUUUUCAAUCUAUGGGACAUGGAAGCUUGGCUGAAGUAA